CCUAGUUAUUUUCACUUUGCCUUCCUUCUUAUAUUUUCAAUCUAUUCCUUAUCUUCUUUCUCCUUUUGAGCAGUCAUAUGAAUAAUAAUUCAAUUAGCGGACAAAUCCCCCCGGAGCUCUCCAAAUUACCAAACCUUUUACACUUCCUUCUUGACAAUAACAAUUUAUCAGGGUAUCUUCCAGAAGAGCUUGCCCAAAUGCCAAAAUUAACCAUCCUUCAACUUGACAAUAACAACUUUGAUGGGGCUAUUAUUCCAGUAUCAUUUGGAAACAUACCUACAUUAUUGAAGUUGAGUCUCAGGAACUGCAACUUGCAAGGAUCAAUCCCUGAUCUAAGCGGAAUACCCAACCUUGGUUAUCUGGAACUGAGCUCAAACCAGCUAAGUGGACCCAUACCUACAAAUAAGCUCUCCAAGAAUAUCACAACCAUUAAUUUAUCCAACAAUAAUCUUACUGGAAGCAUUCCUACCAACUUUUAUGGUCUGCCUCUUCUCCAGGAACUGGAUUUGGAGAACAAUUUGCUGGUCAAUAUUUUUGGUAGUGCUGACCUCCCUCCAAAUGUCACUCUCUGGUUUGCUCUUGCAGCCCUUUCUUUUGAUUUUACUUUACUUAAGCUUAAAGGGAAUCCUAUAUGCUCGAAUCGAAGUUUAGUUCAGUUCUGUAAAUCUAAAACUGAGAAUGAAACUAGAAUAAGCAGUGCAACAAACUCCACCACCGCUGAAUGUAAACCGCAAUCAUGCCCUUAUGAGUAUUCCCCAACAUCUCCUUUGGAUUGUUUUUGUGCCGAGCCUUUGCUAGUAGGAUAUCGAUUGAAAAGCCCUGGCUUUUCAGAUUUUAUUCCAUAUAAGAAAAUGUUUGAGGCGUACUUGACUCAAGGUCUCAAUUUGUUUGUUUAUCAACUCUAUAUCUAUUCACUUGCAUGGCAAGAAGGACCACGACUAGGAAUGUACUUAAAGCUCUAUCCUGUUUAUGAUAACACUACCAACAGUCAUUUAUUCAAUCUAAGUGAGGUUCAACGAAUCAAGAGCAUAUUCACUAGAUGGAAGAUCCCUCUUAAUGGCACAUUUGGACCUGUAGAACUUAUAAACUUCACUUUGUCGGAUGUCUAUAAGAAUGAAUUCAACCCCUCUUUAUCAACAAGCAUAAGUAAAGGUGCAUUGGCUGGCAUUAUACUAGGGACCUUUGUUGGUGCAGUUACAUUAUCUGCAAUCAUUUCACUUAUUAUAUUUAGAAGGCAUCUGAAGGGCUACCAUACAGUUUCAAAACGAUGGAAAGCAUCUAGAGCCUUGUUAAAAAUUGAUGGUGUCAAGAGUUUCACAUAUGGAGAGCUGGCUUCGGCAACAAACAAUUUUGAUAUCUUCACUCAAAUUGGCCGAGGUGGAUAUGGAAAGGUUUAUAAAGGCACUCUGGCCGAUGGCAUGAUUGUGGCCAUAAAGCGUGCACAACAAGGGUCAUUACAAGGUGAAAAGGAGUUCCUAACUGAAAUACAGUUGUUGUCAAGGUUACAUCAUCGAAACCUUGUUUCCUUGGUUGGUUAUUGUGAUGAAGAAAGUGAACAGAUGUUGGUAUAUGAAUAUAUGUCUAAUGGCACUCUACAAGAUCAUCUUUCAGGAAAGAUUAAAAAACCUCUGAGUUUUGUAAGGAGGUUGAGAAUAGCUCUUGGUUCAUCCAAGGGAAUCCUCUACCUACACACAGAAGCUAAUCCUCCUAUAUUUCAUCGGGAUAUCAAGGCCAGCAACAUAUUAUUGGAUUCUAAAUUUGUCGCAAAGGUUGCUGAUUUUGGACUUUCACGACUUGCUCCGAUGCCAGAUAUUGAAGGUGCAACGCCUGCUUAUGUGUCUACUGUUGUAAAGGGGACUCCAGGUUACCUUGAUCCAGAGUAUUUCCUGACGUAUAAGUUAACAGACAAGAGUGAUGUAUAUAGCCUUGGUGUUGUGUUUUUAGAGCUUUUAACAGGGAUGCAACCAAUUUCACAUGGCAAAAACCUUGUUCGAGAGGUUAACAUUGCGUAUCAAUCUGGUACAAUAUGGUUGGUUAUUGAUGGAAGAAUGGGUUCAUAUCCUUCUGAAUGUGUGGAGAGGUUUGUGAAUUUGGCCAUGAAAUGUUGCCAAGACGAGACAGAUUCAAGACCUUCCAUGGUAGAGGUGGUCCGAACUUUGGAAACUAUAGGGCUAAUGAUUCCAAGGUACUCUGACCCCUCACUAGUAGAAUCCAUGGAAGUUGACCCAGAAAUGACAUCUACUACGCCACCUUCAUCAUCCUCUAUGGUGAAGAAUCUGUACACAUCCUCAUAUGUUUUUGGUAGUGACCCUGUUAGUGGAGUGAUUUCCACUAUCACGCCUAGAUAAGAUGAGACCAUACGACACAAACUGCUCUCGCUCUAAUAAGUCUCUGACUCUGAUUGUUGUUAUAUACUUAUAUUGGUUCUCUCAUUUCUGCUACUAUAGAGACCAGCAAGGUGUUAUCGUCAGAUCAAAAACAAGCCUUACCCAAAAUCGCGCUAUUGCCGUGGUGUUCCUGACCCAAAGAUCAGGAUUUAUGAUGUUGGAAUGAAGAAGAAAGGUGUGGAUGAAUUCCCCUUCUGUGUGCAUUUGGUGUCUUGGGAGAAGGAAAAUGUCUCCAGUGAGGCACUUGAAGCUGCCCGAAUUGCUUGCAACAAGUAUAUGGCGAAAUUUGCUGGAAAAGAUGCCUUCCAU